GGGUUUCCAAUCUUCUCCACCACGAUCGAGGCAAACCAUGUUUCAAAGAAAUCGACUAACACGGGACCACCUCUGCUCCAAAUAGAUGAAGGAGAGAGGCGCUCGAUUCUCCGUCUAGCUCGCGAGCCCAAGAUCCACAGCCUCAUUGCUAUUUCACUAGCACCCUCUAUCUAUGGCCAGAAACACGUAAAGCGAGCUCUGGCAAUGUCAAUGUUCGGUGGAUGCUCCAAAAAUGUUGAUGGUAAACAUCGUGUUCGCGGUGACGCGCGUCUCAGUGCGAAAGUCAAUGUCUUGCUCCUCGGGGAUCCAGGCUGCGCAAAGUCUCAGCUCCUCAAAUACUGUUGCGGCAUACUGCCACGUGCCAUCUAUACUACGGGCAAAGGUGCGUCCGCUGUUGGACUCACGGCUGGCGUGCACAAGGAUCCUCUCACCAAGGAGUGGUCCCUCGAAGGAGGCGCCCUAGUCCUUGCAGACAACGGCAUGUGCUGUAUCGACGAAUUUGACAAAAUGAAUGAGCAAGAUCGGACGUCCAUCCACGAAGCUAUGGAACAACAGUCAAUAAGUGUCUCGAAGGCAGGUAUAGUAACUUCGCUCCAAGCACGUUGCUCUGUUGUUGCGGCUGCAAAUCCUAUCGGCGGCCAGCUCACUUACUGCGUUGAAACGUACAGAAUGAGUGCGACAGGUUUAAUUAGGUAUGAUUCGAGUGCCACAUUUGCGGACAACGUAGAGCUCACGGCAAAUCCCAACGACCCCAUUAUUCAGCGGUUCGAUAUCCUUUGCACACUUCAAGAUAUGGUCGACCCGCUUCUUGACGAACAACUAGCUGCGUUUGUUGUUGAUUCUCAUCGCAAGGCACAGAAAGGCACCGUCGGCAUACGUGAUAGUGGUGAUAACCUUGGCAUCCCCCCGUCGGAGGGUGAUCUCCUGGGCAACAAGCUGUCAUCAGCGAGUGGAGGUGACGAGCAUGCAAUCCCGCAAAGUAUGCUUCGGAAGUAUCUUGCGCAUGCACGCUCCACAUGUUACCCUCGGUUGCAUUCUAUUGACCAGGACAAGAUAUCGCGCCUUUAUGCUGACCUUCGCCGAGAAUCAGCGACCUGCGGUGGGGUGCCUAUUGCAGUCCGCCAUCUCGAGUCCCUCAUGCGAAUGGCAGAGGCACGGGCUAAGAUGUCACUUCGUGAGCACGUCACUGAUGAUGACGUCGAUGCCGCAAUUGCCACACUGGUUGCAUCUUUCAUCAACGCGCAAAAGUUUUCCGUCCGGGCUUCUCUGGAACGUGGCUUCCGCAAGUUCCUCACUCGCACAUCCGAUUACUUUGACUUGCUGUUCUACGAACUUCGCUCACUAAUCCGCGAUGCA